CCUAAGAUGUUCGGCAGCGCUCCAUCGAGUCUUAGUGUCCAAGCUGAUCAGUAGACCAACCAAGAUUCGAGUCUACAAGACCGUAAUUAGACCAAUUUUGAUGUAUGGGUGUGAAGCUUGGACGCUGACUCAGAAAGAAGAGAGCAAGCUCUUAGUGGCGGAGAGGAAAAUCUGGCGGAAGAUUCUGGGGCCUAUCAGAGAGGAGGAUGGAACUUGGAGGCGUAGAAAAAAUAGGGAGCUAGAGGAGCUGGUUGCGAUGCCUAAUAUAAUUGGCGAGAUCAAAGCAACACGACUCCGCUGGCUUGGUCACUUGGAGAGGAUGGGGGAGGAUCGUGCUGUGAGAAGAGCGUAUGUGGGGCACCCGGGUGGAAAACGUCCGUCUGGGCGUCCCAGAUACCGCUGGAGUGACGAAGCCCAAAAAGACCUGUCCGCCCUCGGAAUACCCAACUGGCGUGAAGUGGCGCAGAAUAGGGCAGAAUGGCGCUCUCUUGUGUCAGAGGCCAAGAUCCUCUUUGGGUCACUGAGCCAGUGAUGUA